AUGAUUUUAUUAUCACAACGAUUUCAAAUAAAUUUAACACGAGAAGUUGAGUUAUGCCAAUUGAUAACAGAAGGAAAAGAAGUUAUAACUAAAAGAAGUGUUACUGAACUUUGGGAAAAAAUUGAUUUGUUUGGUGAAAGAGAUGAUAGUCUUCAUAAUGAAACUACUUCAUCUCCUUUAAAUUCUUCUUCUUCUAAUAUUGUUCAAGAUGAAAAAGAUAAUGAUGACAUAAAAGAAUUAUCAAAAAGGCUUACAUUUUAUGCUUCUCAUUUUAAAAAAUAUGAUGGACAAAAAGCUAGAGGUUGUGAACAAUCUAAGUUCAUUGAAAAUAUAAAUUCAACAAAUGAAGUUAUUGGACUAGACUUAUUUUAUACAGAAAAUGAAUUAAAUGAAAUGAGAAGAUAUCCAAUUUAUGUAAAUGAUACAAGAAUACAUAAAAUGUUUGAUAUUAGUGAUGUUAUAAUUGAAAAUGGAAAAAUUAUAAAAGGAACAAUUCGUGGAAUAGUAAAUAUUGGAGCUAUUCAUAAAAAUAAUGAAGUUAUGCAAACUUUAAUAUGGACAAAUGAUUUAUAUUCUAAUAAUUGUGAAUUAUUAAAAUGUAUUACAGACUGUUUUGAGGUUUCUUGUCUUGGAGAUAAUGUAGAAUGUCAAAUUGUUAGAUCAAGACUUGUUGGUUCACUAAAAUAUUGGAUUGAAUCAUGUUUAUUUGAUAAUAAAUUUUUAGAAGAUAUUAAGGUGUUUAUUCAACGACUAAAGAAAUACGGAAUGAAUAACCAAUGUAAUACUCUCAGUAUUACAUUAUCUAGAAGACUGGUUGGAAUAGAAAAAGAAUAUUCAAGAGAUAAUACAAUAACCAAACAUGUAUUUAUUCCUCCCUCAUUAUAUUAUGAUAUUGAUACUCCACUUGAAAUGAUGUCUCCAAACGAAGUUGCAAGACAACUAACACUAAAAGGAUAUUCAUUAUUUUCUAAAGUAAAAGUUAAUGAAUUAUUAUUAUGGAAUGAACAAGAUAAAGAAAGUCAAUGUAAGUCUAUAUUAGCUCUGACCCAAUUCUCUAACAGAGUAGUAGAACUUUUUAGUAAUUUUAUAUUAUCUGCACAAAACUUAAAACAUAGAAUUCAAUUACUUGAGUUUGUGUGUCAAAUAGGAAUUGAAGCAGAAAAAUUACAUAAUUAUGACUUAUUAUGUUGUAUCUCAUUUACCUUUAGUAAAAGUGCUAUACAUCGUUUAAAAUGUACGUUUAAUAGAAUUAAUGAAAUGUAUCAACAAUUUAUUGUUCGAUUAAAAAAAAUAUCAUCUCCUGAAAAUAACUGGCAAACACUUAGAAAUUGUACAACACAAGACGAAAAUGUUAUUCACGCACUACCUUAUCUUGGAUACUUUUUAUCUGAUGUUACAUUUAUUAAUGAUGGAAACAUAUCUACUUUUGGAAAUGGAGUUAUUAAUUAUCUUAAAUGUAAUAUGUUAAUGAACGUUGCCCAAAAAGUUUAUCACUUACAACAAAUACCUUAUUAUGAUCUUGUUGAAUCUAUUCCAAUGCAAGAGGCACUAGAAAAGUUAUUAGAAAAUAUGCCUACAAUGCUCGAAUCUCAAAUUGAUAAAGAACAAUAUUUACUAUCUAAAUUAAUAGAACCAUCAGUUAAGCAUUGUAUCUUCCCCAUUAAAGAUGGUAAGUUUUUAUUUCUUGGUCCAUUACAGAUGACUCCAAAACCAUAUAAUCAAGACCCUUCUAUGGAUGUUAAUACCUUUUUAUCUUGUCUUCUUCCAACAAUAUUUCCUUUUGUAUCUUUUGUUGCAGUACUUCAAAAUUCAUUUAUUGAAUUCCCUGUAAAUACAUCAUUAAGUCUUUUAAUCCCUGCUAAUUAUUACACUGUUUAUCUUAAACCUGUCGAAGUAACUAUAUUUAUUUAUACAGAAGAUGGAUGGUUAAAAACUAAAAUAUUACUUGACUCUUCUCGUCCAUUAAUGUAUCAAAUGAAUUCAUUCAUUGCUAUUUCAAUUGAUAAAAGUCCCUUUAUAUUAUUCCAUAUGAAACAAGGAACAGAAGGUCAUCUAUUUUUAGACGUUAAUGUAUCUUUAUAUCAAAAUAACUUUGAGAUUAAUGAUUAUAUUAUAUCUUACCCUUUAACAUUAUUAAAGUCUUGUAGUUUUGGAUAUAGUGCUGACGUUGUUCUUUUUGACGAAGAAGAAAAUUAUUAUACUGCUACAUUAAGUAUGGUUUCUCCUAUUAUUGUAGAAAGGGGAAUUGAUGGUGCACUAAAAGAAGUAGGAACAUCAGUAUUAGUAGUUAUUGCAGGAAUGGUUAUGUAUGUAUAUCAAUCAAAUAAUAUUAUUCGUAUAUUCCCAAUUCAAUUUACAAGAAUAAAAAUUUAUCCAGGAACUUGUGGAGUAGUAUUAAUAUUGACUAUAAGUGAUAAGAUUUUUAGUAACGAAUUAACUGAAUCUCUUUUCUUAAUUGGAGAUCAAAAAUUAAUAUUUGAUAUUGUAGAAAGGGUUGAUGUAUUAACAUAUCAAUACUCAAGAUGUAUUAUGGGUGUUUCAUUAAAUAUUACUCUAACACGAGAAAAUAGAAAAAUACCUUAUCUCGUUGAUAAACUUAUCUCAUCAAUUACUCUUGACCCAAACUUUUUUAACCCAACAACAUUUGACUUUAUUGACCUGUCUAUUGCAACUUUAGCACAUACUAUUGAUGGUCAUUCUAAUUAUAGUUUUGACUCUUUAUCACUACAACAACGAGUUAGUUUAUUACGUUGUUUUUUAGCAUCUUUACCAGAACCACUUAUUCCAGAGUCAUUAUAUGAUGACUUCUCUCGUAUAUCUAAAUUUCCUGAAAUAAAGCAAUGUGGAUUUAUUAAUGAAAAACUUCAACUAAUUAAAACUUCAUCAAGUAUAUUAUCAUCAGUACUAUAUUUACUUCAUUUAUAUCUCAGUUAUAAUCCAUCUAAAUUUGAUAAAUUAAUUCCAUUUGUUCCAAUACUUUUAAGGAAAGGUGAUUCUAUCUCAUUACUAGACCAAACUACAGUAAAAAUACUCAUAAUGAAUGUCCCUCAACUACAUCUGCCAAAAUCCCAAAUACAUUCAAUUCAAUUUAUACCAAAAGUUUAUUCAAUCAAAAUUAAAAUGCCUGAUUAUCCUGCUAUGAACCAAUUGAUAAAAGAAAUAAAUGAUACAACAAAACAAGCACUAAUCAAUAAAAAAUAUAAAACCGUUAUUUGUAAAAUAAAACAACCAAAACAAAGUUGUAAUGAAAAUGAUAUAUAUAAGUUAUUAAAUCCUGACAUUAAACAAUGUUGUUAUGAUAAAAAAGGAAAUAAAGAUGAAACAGAUGUAGUUAAUCUCGAAACGUUCUUAUUGGGAAUUAAAAAAGAAAAAAGUAAGACAAAAAGUUGGUUAAAUUAUUCUUCUUCAAGAAGUACGAGCAGUUCUCCCAUUUUACCUAAUUCUGAACGUCCAACUAGUUUCUUAGGUGCUUCAAGAAAUAGAAAAAUAACAAAUAGUAAAAAACUAGAUAUUCCAUCAUUAUCUUCUACUUCAAAUUCUCCUCCACAAACAUCUUCAUCAAGUUGUUCAAGUCAAGAAGAGAUUGUUGGGUAUGACUCAUCACUAAAAAAUAGUAGUCAUGGCAGAAAAAGCCCAAGGACAAACAGAGGUGGAACAAUUGUUUUAACCGCAAGUGGUUGGACAACUGCUGAAGUUCAAUUACCAAAACACUCAUCUUUUUUAUUAGAAACAGAAACCCAAUAA